AUGAUCAUAAAAGGCAAAAUAAUCAAAACACAACAACCAAUUUAAUUCUAAAUCUCACAAAGUAUAAAACACACUGGUUAACCAGAAAAAGCUAAAAUUAGCGUAAUGAGCAUCAAACAAUUUCUAAAAGAAGUUGAUAUUGAUGAUGAAUUUUAUGAGAACCCUUCCAAUUUAAAAUAAGCAGCAUAUUAAUACAGUUUUGCCAUUGGGUUUAACUUAAAUUAUAAUUUGACAAAUGCUAAAUAAUGGUUGUCAUCUAAAGAAUUAAUUGAACUUACUUAUGUAUUAAAAUGGAUAUAUGAUGUUUCAUCAGAUGAAGAAAAAGAAAAUAUUGAUAUUAUUUUUGAUCCUAAAGAUGAUGUUUUGAAGAACAUAGUAUUAUUAAAUAUAGCUUUGGAGUAGAAAAAAUUAACAUUUAUGCCUCCUUAUCUUGUUAAUGAUAAAUGUGAAAUCAUUUAUGGAUUAUCUUUGAUUAUAUAAAAAAAAAUAGAAAAUGAUAAUAUUGAUUAAUUCAUUCCUCUAUUAUAAGAGAUGGAAAAAAAAAGUAGUUCAUCAAGAAUCAAUUAAAUAAUAGUUUUAGAAUUAUUUGACAUAGUUUUAUCAAAAUUGUCUGGUGACCCGCAGGAUCUCUUUAAUAAGUUGAUUUCAAAUAACCAUAUUAUUAAUUUGUAAAUUUGGGAAUAAGAAUAAAACGAUUUUAUUGAAUAAGAAUUAGAAAUGCCUUAUUUUUAUCUUCGACAGACAAAAAAGGUUUAUCAAAAUACAAAAGAGGGGUAUGAGAUGACAAUAAAUGAAUUUAAAUCAAAAUGGGAAAAAUACAUAUCAAAACAAAAGUUGGAUCUUUUUGACCUUCCGGAAUAAAAUGAAAAGAUAGAUCCGUAAGAAUUAGAAGCGUAAAUUCCAGAAAAAGCAGAUGAAACAAAGUCAGAAAUAAAAAAGUCAACCCGACCAAAAUCGAGAAUUAAUAAAAAAAAAUUAUUAGAUAGUACCAUUUAAAAAGAAAUUCCUUCUGCAUCUGACCAAAAAUAAAUUCCUCUAUAAGAUUCACUUUCAGAAUCAACCAAAGAAAUUGUUCCUCCUCUGCCUCCACCUCCACCUCCACCUCCACCUCGUCUACUUAUGUAAAAUGGAAAUCCAAAACCUAAUCAAGCUCCUAAUUACUCUAAAUUUUGUUUUAAUCCUAUUGAAAAAAAUAUUGAUAUGAGUAUCUGGACUGUUCAACUUUAAGAUUUUGAAAUUUAAGUUAAUCAUGAUAUUCUUAAAUAUUUUAUAAAGAAGGAAAGAUAAUAAUAAUAAAAAGUUGUUGAAAUUAAAAAAGUAUAAAAGGACAUAAUUGAAGUUAUGCCAUCAGUUUUUAAGGAGGAGGAAAUGGGGAUUGAAUUACUCUAAAAAACCCUUUCAAAAGUCGACUUAGAUAUUUUAUUGGAUUAAAUAAAUGAACUUAAAUUCCUGGAUAAAAAUUAAGAUAUCUAAAUUAUAUCAAUCAUUGAGGAUCUUAAUAAUUAAUUAAAAAAAAUAACUAAAAAAAAGGAUUUAGAAAAAAGUAUUAAAGACAUUUAGCAAACAAUAUAAAAGGCAAAAACAGAUAAUGAAUAAUAUGCAAAAAAAAAGUAGGAAGAAGAAAAUAAUUAAGAGAUACAAGAGAUAUAGAGAUUAAAGAACUUAUAAGGAAUUGAAAAAGAAGAAGCUCUUUUAGAGUUUGAUUAAAGUUUAAAUACUUUACAAAAUGAUUUAAACUCUGAAAUUGGAGAAAAAGUUGUCUAAUAGCUUAUUGAAGAAUAGGAAAAAACAUUGAAAUAAUUGAGAACUGAUCUUGAAAAUACAUAUUUGAAAAAACCUGAAUAAAUUAUCAAGGUUGAUGAUAAAAUAUCAAAAUAAGAAUAAAAUAAUUUAGAAUUACAAGAAAAGAAAAAAGAUAUACUUCAAUAAUUUGAAAGUGCUCUUUUAUAAAAACAAUAGCGACUAAAAUCUAUAAAACCUCCCAGAUAAGAUAAAUUUAAGGUUCAUCCAAACGAUCUCUUUAUAAAAAAAAUAUAUGAUAAAAAUCCUAGGAAUGGAAUUUAGAUUGAGGCUUUUUAAAAAGAAUAUAGAGAUCGUAAAAUUCAUAUAUCUAACACAGUAACAUAAAACAGAGAAAUUCUUUCUGAGCUCAGUAGAGACAAAGAAUUGAUUAUGUAUUUUUAAUACAUUAAAUAAUAUGGAAAAAUAUUUAAUGAAAUAAAAAGUGAUAAAUAUGGUUACCAAUUUGAAAAUAUUCUAACAUUUUCAUAUAAGACUUAAUAAUUAGAAGGUAACUAGGAAGAAUUAAUAAAAUAUAUUGUAUAAAGCAUGUUAAAUUAUAAUACAAUUUUAAAAUUAGUGAACAACAUGGUCAUUCAAAAGAAGUCUUAUGAAGAAUUAGAAGAAGCAAUAACAUAAAAGAUGUCUGAUUUGAAUAUGAAUAAAGGCCCAAAAAUUUUUGCAAAAUUAAAAACAAUGAUAAAGGAAAGAAUGCCAUUAGAAAAAUUAGAAAUCGAGAUUGACAAAAUGAUGCUGUUUAAAAAUUUAGAGGAAACCCCAUAUAAACAUCUUUAUGUUUUAUCUCAAAAAAAUCGCGCUUUAUCAGAAAUUAAAGAUAUUAUAACUUUAUUUAAAGAACAUUAAACAUGGCUUGAAAAAUAUUUAAAAUAAUUAAGUGAGAAUUAAGAUAAUAUAAUGUUUGUUGAAAAAGCCUAAAAAUAUGCAAAAGAAUAUAAAGAGUUUAUUUUUUAAAUGGAGAUCAUAUAUAAUACAGAUUCAAAAAAUUUAUAGGAAAUUAGAUAUUUCUUCAGUGAUUUCAGAGAUAAAAUUGAAUCACCAUAAUUCUUUUAAGAUAUAUUGACUAUAAAAACUCUAUUGAGAAACUAUUAAUAUGUAAUAGAAGAAGAGAUGAAAAAAACGAGAUUGUAGAUGCUAAAAGCAUCAAAAAAGAGUUGA